AUGACCAAAGAAAAGGAGGGGGGGAGAGAGAGAGAAAGAGCACUUAAUAGGAGGUCAGGUGAGAGGUGGACCUUUUCUUCUUCGAUCAUUGGUGCAAGCAUUCGGUGGUUCUUUGUGAUCCCCCAUUCAUCUGUCAUUUAAGUAGCAGGGUGGGUUACAUCUCCAGGAGGUACCCUUUGAAGAAGGUUAUGAUAGCUGCUUGCAAUGGUGGAAAACACCAACAAGAUUGUGUACCUCAAUGCCUCCAUUAGUCAGGGGAGUGUCAGUGCUGAGAUCACUCCUGGUUGCCAUCAUGACGGGUGUUGUCUGUACAUUGGAUAUGGCUAAAGAUGACUUUUGAUGGUUUGGAUAUAGUAGACAUUUUAUACUUGGGUUCAAUGAGAGUGAUGAUGGUAUCUUCUUCUCGUGGUGGUCAGUGGAGAAAAUCACAUUUAACAGACUUGCUAUGGUAAGGCACACGAAUACAGUUUUAUCUCGUAGAUGACAGAGAUCAUAGGUGACCUAAAGCUCCCAAGAAAGUAAUGGGAUACAAAUUUUUCCUUUUGCGUGGUUACCUAUGCCUCAAAGGCAGAGGCAAGUUGUUUAGCAUCUGGAGGAAGAGGUUAGUUGAUUACACUACAAAAAAGAGAUGUUUUCUUUUUCUUCUGAAUCAUGUGUAUACUGAACUGAUAAAAAAACUGAUGAUACCUGACCCGAUCAUCGAAUAAUUAUACUGCCAGCUUGAAAAUUGAUGUAGGGAGUAGUCUAUAAGAAUAUCCUGCGGAACUAAAUUGAAAAGUAAAAAGUGUGUCGAAUGAGAAGAGACCAGUUAGUUGAAAAAACUGAGAAAUCAAAGGGAAAAAAGGAGAAAAAAUGUAAAGGAAAAAGGCAAAGAAAGUGAAGAACCAUGAUUUGACUCCUUGUUGCUGAAAUUGGUGGCAGCAGCAGCUGAAGCACCAAUAUCAUCCGCUGCAGCUCUUCUCUAUAUGUAGCAUUCUUUUCUUCUAUUUGUCUGCCUCCUUUUCUUUAUAAUUUCUGUCAAACUAGGAUCUCGAUCUUCUUGUUCAGGUCUUCACCCUCCCCUCUCUCACUGUAGCCACCCAGAAAUCCCUUUAGUGUAGAUUUCCGAAAAGUCAUUCUUCAAUUAACCUCUACACCUGUUUAAAUACCGGUUACAUCUAUAGUAGACCAAACCCACCCUCUUAUUUUGACGAAACAAAGGAGCCCAUUAAGUAGUCCAUAACUGACUUACAUAAGGGCCCAAAUAGAAGAGCGGCUCUACAUAAGGAAAUACACACAACGAAAUCCUAGCUUGUCUGACAGUUUCUUCUUUUUAUACUUCUUCUCUCCCCCUUUCUCUUUUCCUUCCGUUUGACCAGCCAGACUUAAGGAGAAGCAAUAUAUCAUAAAUAGUUUCAAAUUUUACAAAUGAUUUUUCAAGUCUAAUAAGAUAAAUUCCCAUCAGUCAUUCUUAAUUUCUAAAAUUCUAAUUGGCUUCUUUUUCAAUGCACCGGAAAUUGUACUAGAUCCCAGUCUGAUCACCCAGUCCUGAUGCAUAUGAACCUCUUUUCAUAUGCAUGGCAUCCACCUGGUUUAAUCCUCCACGCUUCUGCUGCUGAUUGAAUUGAUUUUAUAUUACCCUGGCAUAGACUCUUAGAGAAUUCACUAAUUGGAAGUUGGUUGCUUGAAUCUUUCUGCAAGACUAAGUGGUGACAAAUGUCCAUCCCAUCAUGUUUCCCGUUCGUGUUAUCCUAAUAUUUUGGUACAUUAGAUUCUUUUUAUUUUUUAAAAAAUUUCUGAUAACGUUGUUUGCUGCGUUAUGCUGACUUGUUUGUCAUAUCAUACUCUAAUGCGUUUUUUCUUUCAGCUUCAGUAUUUCUCCUUUUGGGGAAAAAAGAAAGAGUUUCUAUAUGCUUCUCUUUCUGGGGCAUCAUUGUUUAUGUUAGCUAGCUUAUCCUAAUGCUCGAAUAGCAUGAUAUGCAGGUUCCAAUUCUGGUUUGAAUCCCAUGCACAAUCCACUGGGGCACAACGUGGUGCUUGGGGCAGUCAACUUAGCUGAUCCAGGGGAUGCUGGUACUUCGGAUUUUAAUCAGGUUAGGCUGUCUAAGAGAACUUCUAGGGCAUUUGUAUUCAUUUCCUUGCUUAUGUUCCUUGUUACGGAAUAAAAUAUACUAUCUUACCCCCUAGGAUAGCUGGCUUCAGGGGAGGUUGUCCUGUGUAUCGUUUCCUAUUUUCGAAGUCUUUAAUGCUACUUAUUAGUAUUCAACAAUAUAUUUCAACAUAAACAUGAAACUUUGCUUCAUUAAUUUUUCGGUGAUAGUUUCUACUGUUCUUCUCAUUUGUUUCAUUGUUCUAUGUUGGCAGGUCUUCUCAGCUUUAUUCAAUUCUCUUGGACUCACCAAUAUUGGAAUGGCUAGUGAAAGGCUAGAUUCCAGGGUAUUUACAAAUAUGAUGAGAAUAUUCGGUAAUUUGAAUCUGAUAUUUAUUAUUGGUGAACGUUUGGUUUUAAAUAAAGGAAUUCUUCUGGCAGGAUGUGAACUAUGGCAGAUCGGAGAGAACAGCCGGAAGUGGUGUUUCAGCAACUGCCCAGUCUGAAGCCAGCCUGGGUGUUGGGAGGGCUGAAAUCAGCCCUCAUCAGAGUGCUUUUGGACCUCAAAGUGUCCAUUAUUUGGGGCAGCAGCAUCCAACGGUAGUUCGCUGUUCUCUCAAUCCAUUUGGUUACUAUGCUUUACAUUUUCCCUCUGUUAUCACCUAUUUAUGACUUCUAUCAGUAGCUAUCAAUUUGAUCUUCUUUCAGGUCAUUCCUGAUUCUUUGACUACUUUAUCUCAAUUUUUAAGUCAUGUGAGGCAUCAAUUUGAUAUCAGAGGUCAGUUUCUUUUUAAAGUUUAGACCGCUUAUGAAGCUGGAUGUCAUAUCAGUGACCAGUGACUUCUUUUCAUCAGACCAUCUGCUAGGUGAUGCUGACAGACAGCAUAGUGCCAGGGCUGAAGGAGGAAGGACACAGCAUGUCGGUGGACACAAUGAUGCCUCACCUUUUAAUUUAUCCCCAGAGCAAAGAGGUCUGCCCACGCCUGCGUGCUUGGCAGAAAUUCUCCUCUCUACGAGGCAGCUGUUCACAGAACGAGUUGGAGAAUGCUUUUACGUAUGCAUAAACUGAUUGACCACCUAUUUCUUCAUUUCUUCGAGUUUUUAUAUUAUGCCUUAAUUCAUUAGAGAUGGUUCUCGUUCCUUCUACCUUGCGUACUUUCUUUUGUUUCUGAGGGUUCAAAUAUUCUCUUCUUCCUGUUACCAAAUUAUUUUUUUCAGUACUUCAAGACUAUCCCGCCAAGAGAGAUAAUGUUUUUUGUACACAUGAUGGCAAUGAUUUGAAUACGUAAAAUUUAUUUUAAAAACCAUGCGCUUUGGGCUGUAAAUAGGAUCUUUCUGCCUUGUGCUUAUGAUCGACUCUUAACAUUCAAAAACUUAUUCAAUUGGUAAAGCAGUAAGACUACUAUGGUGUACAUAUUUCAGCCUGCUUGGCGUUAUGAUGUCAAUUUAUCAGGGUAUGUUUUUGGCUCGACUUCAGAAAGCCAUGUGGUGUGCCAUAGAAGGAUCUUUCAAAUGCUGUGUAUGCUUGUGGUGACUUCAAAAAAUAGAUUCAGUUGUGUAUGAAAUAGAAAAUCUACCUAUCAAAUUUUUCAAUAAGUGUAACUAGCCCAACAAUACCGAGUGAUGAUAUGGCUUAGUGCUAGUCUGGCCUACUCAUUUUCGGCAUAUAUCUUUGUGCCCAUGACUGAACAGUAUUGCCCACUGUUUAAUAGAAUUGACCGUACAAUUUCUUUUGAGGACUAUCGAGAUAUGUAUGUGUUGCUUACGGCCUUGAUUGAUUAAGGUUGUUUGAAUUAGUAACAUAUUGAACAUAUUAGAUGUAAAAUCAAAGUCAGAUCCAUUUCGACCCAUUUUUAAAGAUUUUAUUCAAACCGUGCAUUACCUUUAAAUGUUUUAGCAUUGUAAUUCAGUUAAGUCUUACUUCUAAAUUUCUGCUUUCUUCAUUGCCGCAGAGUUGAGUGCACUUUGACAUUUUUCAAAGGUUCUUAUCAAACAAAUAAUAUGCUUGAAAGAGGAUACCUAUGGAAGUAUACCUUCCCUCGCUUCUUUAUUAUGCCAGUCCAAGCCCCAAAUCUAGAUCCCACCACUCAGAACUGAUUUCUUUCUCACUUUCUAAAAGAGGAAAAAAAUGAACGUUUUGAUAAAAUACUUUUCCUGUCUAGGACUUUUCCAGUUAUGAAAGAUCUCUCUUUUUUCUAACUCUUCCGUUUCACCUAGAUCUGGGCUCACUGCAUUCGUCUUUUCCAUCAAGAUUAGUUUUUGAUAAUUUUCUUCCUUGAUUGAGGAAUAAGACCGUGCUAAUUGAUCUUCUGUGUUUUUUGAGAACUAAAGGUUUCCACUGUGGAUGCAUGUCAAUGGAUCAUAUUACGGUGUCCCCCUUUACAUCCACUUUUGCAUUGCCCACAACCAUGUCUGGUGCAGCUUCUGGAACCAAAUUUGGGAUAGGAUCCCUUCUGACAGGCACAUUGUUGCUUUAGUCUCAUGGCGACAAUAUGCCCAACUCCUAUCUUUUGACGAACAGCUCGUUCUCUAUUGGUAGAUACAUCCAUCAUGGUGAUAUGGAGUACCGUUUCUAAUGAAGUAGCUUUUUUUUUCCUUCAUAUUUGUCCUUGUUUGAUAGUGGAACCGAAACCAAGAAUGGUAAAUUCCCCUGCGUAAUUUGUUAUUUGAGAAUCAAAAGAUGAGUAGAAAGGCUUCUGGAAUCACUUGCUAUGAUAGAUCGGAUCUUGAUUUCAGACUGAAAUAUUUCUGUUCGUUUUUAAAAGACAAACUUCAGAUUUCUCAUACAACUAGAAUUGCUACUUCAUCGAUUAAUUUUCAUGGUAAAUUUAUGAAUUUUACUGCAUAUUUCGUGUGAUCAAGAUUUUUUUUCUUGAUAGUGGUCUACUAAUGAGCAGGAACUUGCAAAAGAAUUGGAGGACCAGGCCAAUGUCACUGAUCCAUUGGCACGAUCAAUGAUCCAAUCUAGGGCAGUAAGAUAUGGAACUUUGUUUCAAAAUUUUGGUUCUUUGUUCCUCGAGCUUGGUCGGACAGUUAUGACAUUACGUAUGGGUCAAACACCAGUGAGUUCAUUUUAAUGAUUCAUAUUCAGUUUCCCGAUUUAGUUUCACUGGCACGAGAAACUAUAACACCUCAUUGUGCAGUCGGAAGCUGUCGUGAAUGCUGGACCGGCCAUUUUUGUGUCAUCAACGGGGGCCACUCCUCUGAUGGUUCAGGUGAGAUAGUUUCACCAUAAUUCCUCCCUCGUUUUACCCUAAUCUCCUCCCCAGUAUGUUGACUCGUCUCUUGCAAGCCUCUUCCCUGGCAGGCGGGAACAAGCUUUGGUGGAAUCCCAAUGGGCAACCAGCAGCCUGGUGGCUUGCCUCAUGGUUCUGGUCUCUUGGCUGGGAAUAUUAACAUAAGGAUACACAGAGGUGUGACAACCUUCUUCCCUUCCCUCUUCCCCGAUGUCCAAGCUACUUCCACUCCCAUCAGUGUUCGUGGACCAAAGCCUCACUGGAUAUUAUCCUCGUUUGAUGAUCGUCAGGGCCUUCGGUACCUGUAGCCGCAGAAAAUGUGAGCGGGCAACCCACUGAAGAGCAACCAUCCGGAACAGCAGAUCCGCCAAGGACAUCUGCAGAAAAUUUAGCUCACCAAGUGUUCCAAGGGCUUUUGUCCAAUGCAUCUAUUCCCCAAGAGUCCGGGCCAAGAGUGGUGCCUCUGAGAACUGUGGUUGCUGUACCCGCUGGAGUCUCCCGUCCUCCACCACCAGAUUCUUCUGGCGGUGCGGUGGGAUUGCUCUAUCCUCUUUAUGCAGGGUUUCAUCAAAGAAUCCCAGGAACCUUGGAUGACGCAAGGAUUUCUCAGGUGUCCCUUAGACCAACAGCUCAGCCGCAAACUCCGGAUUCUAUCACCAGAGGUAAUAAGGGUUGCCCUUUCACCCUUGUAGCUUGUAGGUUUAUACCAUUUAUACUGGUUGAUUUCGGCAGAAUGGUAGCAAGCCAACCAAGUCCCAAACUUAGACUAAACGCCUGAAUUUAUUAUUGAUCAAACUGCGCAUAGUGGGAAAUGAUCAUCAUUGUGAAAAACGAUGAGACAAAAAAUUAAGUGGCUGGCUUGGCAGGAGUAUGAGAUUCUUCUGAGUACAUUAAUGGCCAUUCAAAGUUUAUUGGUUUCUGUGUUGCAACCUCAUUAAAUAUUCUUACCCACUUUAUUUGAAGAGUUGCAUUUAUCCAGUUAAGAAGUGUUCAUAGAACAGUUGUCUGAUUUCCGUUGGAUCUUUUACUAUUCGUGUACUGUCCGUCACAUGGUUUUCUGUCUUGCCAGUACAAUGCUGGUCGUGGACCUCGAUUUUCUGAUUUUUAGGGGGUUUGACUUUAGUGAAGAAUUGACCUCCGCAACACUCUGGGCUUUUCCAGCCUACGAUUUUGUAGCUGCCGGUGCUUAGCCUAAUAUGCUGCAGCUUAUCUUUCUGAGGCUGACUCCUCAUUCUAAUGCGGAGGGGUUAAGACUUUCAAAGAAAUUGACUAGUGGGUGUGCUUAAUGACCUGAGACUCUCUAGGGUAGACUUUUUUAUGGCUUUUGACUUUAGUUCGUGUCCUAUCCUGAGUCAAAAUCAGACAGCAGUCCUGUGCGGGUCUUCUCUGUGGGAGGAUGGAAGCUUCUCUCUCUAUCAUCUGUAUCUGGGAUCUACAUAGAAAUAUUUUCAUAUCCUCAGACCUAAUGCUCUCCUCCAUUCCAACCCCUUGCUCUCCAGGGCCCUCUGCAGCCUCCACGCCUCCUAGUGGACAGGUGACCUCGCCCAUUAAUGGCGAACAAGCUCCCGAGGGAGAACAGGGCAGCGCCGCCCAAGAUCCUGUUACUCCGUUUGGGGAAGAUGCCCAGGGGGGAGUGGGCGGCGAUGGGCUGUUCUUCUCCAGCUUAGUUCGUCAACUCAUGCCAUUUAUAUCUGAGAAUGCAUCAGAGGCAGGGGGUAGCUCGUCUUCAGGGCGAGUAAGUGACAGAAAACUUCCCCUUGAUUGUAUCAUGGCUUUAGUAUGGGGGAAAAAAAUCUUUCUUUGA